AUGAUCUUGACCCUCCGGAAGUAUCUUGCAGGAUCAAACCAGUCCUGCCCAUCAUCGAUUCUCGGAGAUCGCCAGUCCACUCGAGGCCACGCCCAGCCCGCCGAGCUCCGCAACGGAGCGAUCAGCUACCGGCCUGCAUGGGAAAUUCUGAAUUGUUGA